AACAAGCAACAGUUCGCUUGAGUCUCAGUUGACGACAUAACCGACCCAAAUAUGCCACCCCCACCGCCCCCAGCGAACCGGACCAUGUCUCCGCCAACCAGGCGGCCCGGUGAUCGCGACCAACUGUAUAACCCGCGUCAGUCUGAUGCCAGCUUGCCAUACCGGCCAGACAACGAGACGGUAACCAUUCAGAAGCCCAAUGGCUCUGAAACCACUCUCAAGCUUCCUCCAUCCAGCCUUAAGGAUCUACCGUACCGCCCCGCUCCCAAUGGCACCUCGGAUCCCAAGAGACGGCCAUCCGACCCAGCCUACCGCCCCGGCGACCGUGAUCGUGAUCGUGAACCCCAACCACAACGCAGAGCCUCGUCCCCAGCACCAGGCGCCAUUCCGCCAGCUCCAGUGUCUCCCACAUCCAAGCCAUCCUAUGCCCCCGGUCACUCCCCUCCCGGCUCACGGAACCCUUCCCAUGGCAACUACCCACCAGCAGGCUCCAAUGGGCCCGGCGGCUUUCCCACCGGUGGCCGUCUCAAGACUCAGACUCCUCCCCUGGACCCUCUCGACCCACGCUCGCCUUCUUUCGUCCGUCGUCCACCUCCCGGCCCUGCUCCCAUCAACGGCGGCAUGAACGGCGACCAUAACGGUUCUCUGAACGCCAUUGGCGGUGGUAGCAACCGCCGUCCCGAUGUAGUCGAAACCAUGCCCGGCCCUGCGGCCUCGCUUCCUUCCAAGAAAGAUGACCGCGACCGGUUUGAUCGUGAUGGGCGACCUCGGCCCAGCUCUGAUUACACCCGCUACGGCUCCGAACGUCCUCCAAGCCCAGGAUACACCAAACCGAUCCGCCCGCCCCCUCCCCGCAACAGCAGCAGCACUGGAAACAGCGACUAUGGAGUUCCCACCAGCAAACCGAAUGGCAAGGUCCACCCCAACCCCAACCCAGGGGCAACCAAUCCGACGACCCGUCCCUCCAUCGGCCCGGGCCGCCACGGCUCCAUCAUUGAAAUGAUGCCCGGCCCCGCCGCUCACCCCACUCCUCCUGCUCUUGGUCACAACCACAGCCACGGCCACAUCCAUCCCUCUCUCGGCCUCACCAAGCCCAGCAAAAACACCGCAAAGCUCUCCGAACUCGAAGAGGGUCUACUGUACGGCGACACGGAGCGAUACCCACCGCAAAUGGAGCUGGGCGACUACCGGCAAGCAACCGAGUGUUCGUUGAGGGAGUACAUGGCUUUGCAGCGCAAGCGGCGACAAAUCAGUUACAAGAUUGCGGCGGGAAACAGCGGCAAGGAGGCGGCACAGGUUGAGGAGAAGCUGAGACAUCAGGCCAGCACGGCAAUCGAUGAGUUGAUUGAGUUGCGCGGAAGGGUGGCGGAGAUCGUGAGGAGGGGAGAGAAGGCGAGGUGGAGGAGAUAUUUGUGGAGUGGGGCUUUCGCAAUCUUCAUCCCCUUGGUAAAAUCCUUCUUCCGCCCCUCCUCCGUCGACAGAGGCGCGCACGCCCGCGAGCAUCGCGGCGAGCGCUCCCACAACAGAACCGAAUACGCCUUCCGCAAAUCCAAGUCGUUGAUCAACCGGAUCCUUUCGCAAGCUCGGCGUCCCGGACUGGCCAGUUUGAGUUUCCUCGUCUUUGCCGUGUUGUACGUCUUCACGAACGAGGUGUCGCUGAGGGCGGCAAGGACGGUGAGCAGACGCCUGAAGAGGUUGACGGCCAAGGUGGAAAGGGGACGGGAGUUGGGCGAGGAUGAUUUUAGGGGGUUGAAUGGGUGGAGGUGGGGAGUGCUGGAGUUGACUGCUUAAUGGAGGGUUGGUCAUGAGGGAGGAAAUGGAGCUGGAGAUGGAAAAGAGAGAGUAAAGAUGAGGAAUGAUGGAGGAAGACAUGAUAUCGAUGAUUAAUGACUGGUGAUGACGGAGUUGUUGGCAGGCGUCAGAUGACUUUUUUCUUCUUUCUUUCUUGGGUUAAUGACGAGGUUUUGGAGAGAAGGAGGAAUAGGACGAGGAAGGGCAGAUUGGGAAGAACCGACGGUUCGUUUUCUGGUGGCUGUUGUCCAUGUUUGCUGUUUUCAUACCCUCGCUUGUACCAUUUCUGUGUUCUAACUGUAUGUAGGAAGUAAUGUUGAGGUAGAUUGACAUCCUGAACUCAGUCGGCUGCGAUACAAUGUAGAUGGAAGAGU